UCAGAGAGCCUUGACUGCUUUCUUCGCGCACGUCUGGACCAAACAGACUCCUGUGUUCGGGAGUUCGCAAAGGUCGGAGCACGGGUUUAUGCAUGGCUCGAAGAGGGAGCAGAAGACGUAGACCACUCCGCAGAAGCAAGAAAUGGGAAUGCAGAUCAACGCGACGAAGAUCCAGACCACGAACAUAAUGACACCGGAGAGGCCCAU